GCAGUUCAUUUGCCUAAACUAGAUUGGAGCAGUUCAUAUACCUGAGAUCUGCUAUUUUACAGUAUCAAAAUUGGAAAGAACCAGAUUUUCAAAUAAUGGAAGAGCCUAAGACUUCUAAAAGUGAAAAUCAUGAACCAAAGAAGAAUAUUAUUUGUGAAGAAAGCAAAGCAGUUAAAAUUAUAACUAAUCAAACCUUGAAGCCUAGAAAUGAUAAGUCUGUGACAGAAAUUGGGACCAGCUCUCUGAAUAGAAAUAGUAGUAAGAAAACCAAGCAAAAUGAUAUUUGUAUAGAAAAAACAGAAGUUAAAUCAUGUAAAGUAAAUACUGCCAAUGUUCCAGGCCCUAAAGAUUUGGGGUUAGUACUUCGAGAUCAAAGUCAUUGCAAAGUGAAAAAGUUACCAAAUUCACCCAUGAAAGCCCAGAAGGUAUCUUCACAGGCAAAAUUAGAAAAGGUACCUAGUUUACAGGCAAAAGCAGAAAAAUUACCAAAGUCACCUACUUUACCAGUAAAAACACCCUGUACUACAGUAGGAGCAACAACAGAAAAAGCACUUAAUUCACAGAGGAAAGAAGAAAAUGCACCCAUUUCUCAGAUGAAAUUACAAAAGAUACCCAACUCGCCUUUAGAACCAGAAAAUGCACCCGGUUUACUCUUGAAAGAAAACAUGAAACAGACAGACUCACAACAGACUGGGAAAAAACUUACAGGCUCCUUUGUUUCUGUGGACAAAAGGAGAAGUGAAGCUCUACGGGGAGAAGAAUCGACUGUGGAAAACGUAGCCCAUUCUCAGAAGCAGCAGACACAGACAGAGAACAUUGGUGAUUCUGAUGACAGUGCUUCAGGGAUUGAAGACACAUCAGAUGACUUGAGUAAAAUGAAGAGUGAAGAAUCUAACAAAGAAAAUUCUUCUGAGAUGGACUAUUUAGAAAAUGCCACGGUGAUAGAUGAAUCUGCUUUGACACCUGAGCAGAGGCUAGGCUUGAAGCAAGCAGAAGAACGCCUGGAAAGAGAUCACAUCUUCCGACUUGAAAAACGUUCACCAGAAUAUACCAAUUGCCGUUAUCUAUGCAAACUUUGCUUAAUUCACAUUGAAAACAUCCAAGGAGCACAUAAACAUAUAAAAGAAAAACGGCACAAGAAAAAUAUUUUGGAAAAACAGGAAGAAAGUGAACUUCGAUCUCUUCCAUCUCCUUCCCCUGCUCACUUGGCUGCUUUAAGUAUUGCAAUUGUUGAAUUAUCGAAAGAACAAGGAAUAACUGAUGAUGACCUCAGAGUCCGCCAGGACAUUGUGGAGGAAAUGUCAAAGGUUAUAACAUCAUUUUUACCAGAAUGUUCACUGAGGUUGUAUGGUUCAUCUCUGACGAAGUUUGCCCUGAAAAGCAGUGAUGUUAAUAUAGAUAUAAAAUUUCCUCCCAAGAUGACUCAUCCAGAUCUUUUGAUACAAGUGCUUGGAAUUUUGAAAAAAAGUGAAUUAUAUGCAGAUGUGGAAUCUGACUUUCAUGCGAAAGUUCCUGUUGUGGUGUGCAAAGAUCAGAAAAGUGGUUUGCUUUGUAGAGUGAGUGCAGGAAAUGAUAUGGCGUGUCUCACUACUGACUUACUUGCUGCUCUUGGCAAAGUUGAACCGGUCUUCACUCCCUUAGUGUUGGCCUUUCGCUAUUGGGCUAAGUUGUGCUAUAUUGACUCCCAAACUGACGGUGGAAUCCCUUCUUACUGCUUUGCUUUAAUGGUGAUGUUUUUUCUUCAACAAAGAAAACCCCCUCUUCUUCCUUGCUUACUUGGAAGUUGGAUUGAAGGCUUUGACCCAAAAAGAAUGGAUGACUUUCAGCUGAAGGGCAUAGUAGAAGAGAAGUUUGUGAAGUGGGAAUAUAAUUCAAGUAGUGCAACUGAGAAAAACUUAAUUGCUGAUGAAAACAAAGCUAAGGCAGACCAACCAAAAGAUGAUACCAAGAAGACAGAAACAGACAACCAAAGUAAUGCCAUGAAGGAAAAACAUGGCAAAUCUCCUUUAACAUUGGAAACACCAAAUCAGGUAUCCUUGGGACAGUUGUGGUUGGAGCUGCUAAAAUUUUACACACUGGAUUUUGCUUUGGAGGAAUAUGUCAUAUGUGUACGGAUACAAGAUAUUUUAACAAGAGAGAACAAAAACUGGCCUAAAAGACGAAUAGCCAUUGAAGAUCCUUUUUCAGUCAAGAGGAAUGUUGCGCGGAGCUUAAACAGCCAGCUUGUUUAUGAGUAUGUUGUGGAGAGAUUCAGGGCAGCUUAUCGGUAUUUUGCCUGUCCUCAGAGGAAGGACGGAAGUAAAUCUACAGUGGAGUUCAAGAAAAAAGAGAAGGGAAAAAUAAACAAUAAGAAACCAGUGAAGUCUGAUUGUAUGACAACAAACUGUUGCGUUCUUCUUGGGGAAAACACAGAAAAAGUAAAUACAGAAAGAGGCCAACCUGCUAAAUGUGAUAAAAAGGAAUUUACAUCCCAGAGAUGUAUUGUUGACAAUGACAGUUUGUUGGUAAAUGAACUAGGUGUGGCUGACCAUGGACAAGAUUCAUCAUCUCUUUCUACUGCCAGUGAAGGCAGUGAAUUAGAGCAAAAAUCAGCUGAGAAACAAGGUGACUUAACACCUUCAGAAACUUCUUUAAAGAAAGGACUCAGCCAGUGCAAUUGCAUUGGGUCCCCUGAUGGAGCUGAAUCUGCUGGAACCGGCUGCAGAUCAAAUUUAGCAACAGAGAGUUCACAUGAGAUUGUGUGCGACAACACACCUGCUACCUCUUGCAACUGCAAAGCUACAGAAGUUGCCUCUGACCUUAUUGAUGAUGAUAACCUCCCCUCCCAGGAAUUACAUUAUGUGUUUGAUAAGUUUAUUUUAACCUCUGGCAAGCCGCCAACAAUAGUAUGCAGCAUCUGCAAAAAGGAUGGCCAUUCAAAAAAUGAUUGCCCAGAGGAUUUCAGGAAAAUUGAUCUAAAGCCUUUACCACCAAUGACAACCCGAUUUCGAGAAAUACUUGAUUUAGUAUGUAAAAGAUGUUUUGAUGAAUUAUCACCGCCUUGCUCUGAACAACACAACAGGGAACAAAUUUUAAUUGGGUUGGAAAAAUUUAUUCAAAAAGAAUAUGAUGAAAAGGCAAGACUGUGCUUAUUUGGUUCUUCCAAGAAUGGAUUCGGAUUCCGCGAUAGUGAUCUGGAUAUUUGUAUGACUCUGGAAGGCCAUGAAAAUGCAGAGAAAUUAAACUGUAAGGAAAUAAUUGAAAAUUUGGCAAAAAUUCUUAAGAGGCAUCCAGGUUUAAGAAACAUUCUGCCUAUAACUACUGCCAAAGUGCCUAUCGUAAAAUUUGAACACAGACGGAGUGGACUAGAGGGUGACAUCAGUUUAUAUAACACACUGGCGCAACACAACACAAGAAUGCUAGCUACUUACGCAGCUAUUGACCCUAGGGUCCAGUAUUUGGGAUACACUAUGAAAGUGUUUGCUAAGCGCUGCGACAUUGGAGAUGCAUCUCGGGGGAGUUUGUCCUCUUACGCUUAUAUCCUUAUGGUGCUGUACUUUCUGCAGCAAAGAAAGCCACCAGUUAUCCCAGUUCUGCAGGAGAUCUUUGAUGGAAAACAGAUUCCACAGAGAAUGGUUGAUGGAUGGAAUGCUUUUUUCUUUGAUAAAACAGAAGAACUGAAAAAGCGUUUACCUUCGCUUGGAAAGAACACAGAGUCACUGGGAGAGCUCUGGUUAGGAUUGCUUCGUUUCUAUACUGAAGAGUUUGAUUUCAAGGAGUAUGUCAUCAGUAUUCGACAGAAAAAACUGUUGACCACUUUUGAAAAGCAGUGGACAUCUAAAUGCAUUGCAAUUGAAGAUCCUUUUGACUUGAAUCAUAACCUUGGUGCUGGUGUCUCUAGAAAAAUGACCAAUUUUAUUAUGAAGGCGUUUAUCAAUGGAAGGAAACUUUUUGGUACCCCCUUUUAUCCACUCAUUGGCAGAGAAGCUGAAUACUUCUUUGAUUCAAGAGUAUUAACAGAUGGAGAAUUGGCUCCUAAUGAUCGUUGUUGCCGUGUGUGUGGAAAAAUAGGUCACUACAUGAAAGACUGUCCCAAAAGGAAAAGCAGUUUACUGUUUAGACUAAAGAAGAAAGACAGUGAAGAAGAGAAGGAAGGAAACGAAGAGGAAAAAGACUCCCGAGACCUUCUUGACUCCCGAGACCUUAGGUGUUUCAUAUGUGGGGAUGCAGGACAUGUUCGUCGGGAAUGCCCAGAGGUCAAGAUGGCGCGCCAGAGGAAUAGUGGUGUGGCAGCAGCCCAGCUGGUCCGAAAUCUGGUCAAUGCUCAGCAGGUGGCUGGGUCAGCUCAGCAACAGGGCGACCAGUCCAUAAGGACCAGACAGUCUUCAGAAGGCUCUGAUUCACCAUCUUAUUCUCCUCAGCCCCAGCCAUUUCCACAAAAUUCUCCCCAACCGUCUGCUAUUCCCCCACCUCCACCUCAGCCAGGAUCCCAGCCUAAGCUUGGCCCACCCCAGCAGGGAGGCCAGCCCCCUCAUCAGGUUCAGAUGCCCUUGUACAACUUCCCUCAAUCACCACCAGCUCAGUAUUCGCCCAUGCACGGUAUGGGAUUGUUGCCAAUGCACCCCCUCCACCAGAUCCCUGCUCCAUCGUGGCCCAUCCACGGCCCGAUGCUCCACUCUGCUCCUGGCAGUGCCCCCAACAGUAUCGGCCUGAAUGACCCCAGCAUCAUCUUUGCACAGCCUGCUGCCAGGCCGAUGGCAGUCCCCAGCUCCUCUCAUGAUGGACACUGGCCUCGGACCGUGCCUCCCAACCCUCUGGUCAACAGUGGUGCAGUGGGUAAUUCGGAGCCACGUUUUCGAGGACUAAAUCCUCCAAUUCCAUGGGAACAUGCACCACGUCCCCAUUUCCCCCUUGUCCCAGCUUCGUGGCCUUAUGGUUUGCAUCAAAACUUCAUGCAUCAGGGAAAUCCAAGAUUUCAGCCCAACAAACCCUUCUACGCUCAAGCAGACAGAUGUGCCGCUCGCCGCUGCAGAGAGCGCUGUCCCCACCCACCAAGAGGGAAUGUGUCGGAGUGACGCCAGCCACAGCAAGCAGCCGUCCUGCUGUCUCAGGGGCGUCUGUACCUCAGAAGUCGGUCAUGCUCAGAGAAAAAGUGACAUGUAAGGAAAGCAACACAAAUCAGGUCCUGAUUUAAAAUUCUAACACACCUUUAGAUAGCUUAUUUAAAUUCUAAGACUGUUUUUAAACACUGUAUUAUUUGUAUAUAAAUAUGAACUAUAGUUUUUACUGGUAUCACUAAAUUGAGUGAUACAAAUUUCAUCUAUUUUAUUACCCUAUUUUUAAGGGAAUUUUAUGUUUUGUUUAACCUUGAUGAAUUGUAUAAAGAGAGAAUUUUAAAAAUUACAUUCUUUAUUUUCUAUUAGCUGUAUUCAUACUUUGGUUGCUUCAGACUUUAUAUAUAUUGUUCUUAAGGAUUAGGAAAGAUUUCAUGUGUUUUAAAUUUGUCACUUCUAUUCUUUACAGAACCUUGUAGUGCCAAAACUUUUUAAAAGGUUAAAAAAAAAUAAAAUUACAACAUAAAGAUUCAAAAAAAUUUUCUUUUACAUACUUGUAUAUUGAAUAUAUUCAAACUUGAAUGGAAAGUUGCUUUUGUCUGUAUUUGAAGUUCUAUUUUAAGUUAAUAAAUCUUUUUGACAAGAGUCAAAUUUGGUUAAUUCAUCUGGUUUAGAGGAUAGGAAUACAGUGUAAUAAUUGAAAGAUUUUACUCUCAGUGACUAUUCUAAAUCAGACUCAGUUUUAGAGAUUCAAAUAUAUGUUCCUCAUUUUACUGGAUUUUCACAACCACUGUAUAAAGUGAUAGAAGCAGAUGCCAUGUCCAUUUUAUCAUUGAAAAUGAAAACUGAAGAGCACAGCAGUGAAUUCUAAAGGCAGCAAUUACAUGCUGCAGUGUGACUCCUCAUCCAUUUUUUGAGGUUGUGGUUGUAUUGCAGAGAACGUUUCUGCCAUGUGCAGAACAUGGGUCCAGUCGGUAGCAGUGCCCUCCCUCCAGCCCACAGGUCCCCGCCCCAAAUCUUUUAAAAGGGAAGUUUACCAAAUACAAGUAGCGGAAAAUUCUUUAUUGAGCUAGUAUGUGCCAGACUGUCCAUUUCAUAUAUCUGUUCUGCCACCUGGAAAGACACUUGCCAGGAUGUUGAUUGUUUAUCAAUACUUGUGAUGAGUGUGAUCCCUUUCUCUCCUGGGAUAUAUUCUGAGAAAUACAUCAUGGGGCGAGGCUAUCAUUGUUCAAAGAUCAGAGUUUCCUUAAACAGAGGUGAUGAUGUCAUUCAGUUUAGCAUAUUUGGCUUCUUGUUGCAGUUAGCAGACUGGCUAAACAUGAGCUGUGUAAGGCUGCUGGCGGAACAUGUCAUACUCCGCUAGGAUGAAAUCGAGGCCAGCCUGGCCUACAAAGUGAGUCAAGACUGACAGGGUACCCAGAGAAACCCUCUCGGAAAAGCUUAACUUUCUAAAGUGUAUAUUAAGAUCUAUAAGUGUGGGUGCUGUACCAUUUUUAUAAGGUACAUCAGGACUGAUAGAGCAGCCCCACCAUGAACCUUCAGGUGUAGGUAGUGCUGCGAUCACGGCACAUUUUCAGCCACAUCAUUAUCGGCCAGGAAGUUGGUCAGUAAGCAAAAUGUUGUUAUAAAGUGUAUGAUGUAUUGAAAUUCAGACUUGAGAAUGGUAGUGGUAUAUUUUUUAAGCUAUUCCUUUUACAGUAUUAUUUUUUUGUCCUUAGUCCCUUAAUUAGAUUUGUCCACUGAAAUUAUAAAUAUUUGUAAAAGCUAAUAGUAGAUAAAAAUGUAUCUUAAGGAUAGUAUAUUAUUAAAAAGGAGACUGCCUGGGCUCCUGCCGUAUUUUUUAUUUGGCAGAUACUUGGAAAAAUUGCUGAAAUGCAUGUGGUUGAAGGUAUCCCUGCCAUAGUAAUAGCCCCAAGUUAUGGGCAGGUAUAUAUACUGUUCGUUUCUCACAUUACAGAGUCAGUACUAUUUAUGCUCGUAAAAAACAGUGGAGUCAGCUUUUUUUGUUGUGUUGUUUUGUUUCUUUUUGUUGUUGUUGUUAAUAGUAUUCCUGAUUCCCCUGUAUUUUUGUGUUAAAAAAUCAAGUUGGAGCAUUCUGCAUUCCUAGCAUUAGUGGAAGUAGGGGGAUCAAGAAAUUCGAGGUCUGUCUAGCAUGAUGGCACAGAACUUUAAUCCUAGUUCUUGGGAGGCAGAGGCAGGCAGAUCAUGAGUUUGAGGCCAGCCUGAUCUACACUGCAAGUUCCAAGCUAGCCAAGGUCAUACCUCAAACAAACAAACACCAAGAGAUUGAAGGUCAUUCUCAACUAGAGUUUGAGGCAAACCUGAGCCUACAGACUGUCUCAGAAACAAACAAAAAGAUACGUUUUUUAAACAUUCAGAUUUGUCACCUGGGAUUUAAGAGGAUGAUACUCUUUUCACUGUUCUUUCUUCUUUUGUGUAUAACAGAUUUUCACUGAAAACAAAAGCCAAAGAAACCCUUAAAUAAUCUGCAGCAAGCACGGGACGAGGUGUAGCACACCUUGGGAGGCAUAGGCAAGGGGUCUCUGUGUAAUCUGAGGCUAGCCAGGGCUACAGAGCAAGAUCCAGGACCGCCAGGUUAUAGAGAGAAACCCUGUCUUCAAACCAAUAACCAGUCCAAAAGCUGCAGCGAGGGAGCAUGCUGGAGCUCAGCCCCUUUCCUGAGGGUAGCAUGUCGUUAACCCAGGCUUUACUUAGAUGAUAGUGUUCCAUUCCAUGGGUUUGGACAUAGCUGCCCUUCCAAAGUUAGCCAAGCUCAAUAACCUGUAACACUGUUCUAAGCUGAGGAACAGAAUAAUCUAUAAUUUACAUCAUAGCUUAGUUUUGUUUGAAAAAGUAAUUAACAGCACAAAAAGUUAUCAGUCCUAGAGAACACAUACACUCUUAAAAACUCAAAAUAUUUUUGAUAAUAAUUUGUGUGACAUUUGAUGUGGAGGUGGUUUUACCUUGUCCCAUUAAUAGUUGCAGUAUUAAAUGUGACACAUGCCUUUAAUCUCAGCACUCUGGGAAACAGAGGCAUAUAGAUCUCUUUCUCACAGCCAGCCUGAUCUACAGGCUAGCCAAGGCUGCAUAGUGAGACCUUGUCUCAAAACACCAAAACAAAAAUAUUUCAAGAUGUGUAAUUUAGCUCUGUAUCCCAUUUUUUUAAUUGGAUUACUUGGUUUGUUGUUGAACUCCUUAAGUUCUUUAUAUAUUCUGGAUAUUAGCCCUCUGUGAGAUAUAGGGUUGGUGAAGAUCCUUUUCCAGUCUGUAGGCUGUUGUUUUGUUCUUUUGACAGUGUCCUUUGCUUUACAGAAGCUUUUCAGUUUCAUGAGGUCCCAUUUAUUGAUUGUUGCUCUUAGAGCCUGUGCUGUUGGUGUUCUUUUCAGAAUGUUGUCUCCUGUGCCAAUGAGUUCUAGGCUCUUCCCCACUUUUUCUUCUAACAGGUUUAGUGUGUCUGGUUUUAUAUUGAGGUCUUUGAUCCACUUGGAUUUUAGUUUUAUGCAGGGUGAUAAAUACGGAUCUAUUUGCAUUUUUCUACACGUAGACAUCCAGUUAAACCAGCACCAACAACCUAGAUGUCCCUCAACUGAAGAAUGGAUGCAGAAAUGGUGGUAUAUCAAGGAAUGAUACUCAGCAAUUAAAAACAAGGAAAUCAUGAUAUUUGCAGGCAAAUGGAUGGAACUAGAAAAGAUCAUCCCGAGUGAGGUAACCCAGAAGCAGACAGGCAUGAUAUACACUCACUUAUAAGCGCAUAUUAGACAUAUAGGAUAAACUUACUAAAAUCUGUAGUCCUGAAGAAGCUAAACAACAGGGAGGACCCUAGGGAAGAUGCUCACUCUUUCAGAGGAGCAAACAGGAUAGACAUCGGUAGCUGGAGAAGACAGGAAACAGGACAGGAGCCUACCACAGAGGGCCUUUGAAAGACUUUACCCAGCAGGGUAUCGAAGCAGAUGCUGAGGCUCCUAGCCAAACUUUGAGCAGAGUGCAGGGAAUCUUAUGAAAGAAGAGGGAGAUAGAAAGACCUGGUGGGGACAGGAGCUCCACAAGACCAACAGAGCCAAAAAAUAAUCUGGGUUUAGGGGUCCUGCAGAGACUGAUGCUCCAACCAAGGACCACACAUGGAAAGGACCUGAACCCCUGUUCAAAGAAAGCCCAUAGACUGCUCUGUCUCCAAGUAGGUUCCCUAGUAAGGGCAGCAGGGGCUGUCUCUGACAUGCCUGCUCUUUGAUCACUUCCCCCUGGUGAUGCUGCAUUGCCAGGCCACAGAGAGGAUCCAGAUAGUCAGAAGAGACCUGAUAGGCUAGGGUCAGAGGGAAGGGGAGGAGGACCUCCCCUAUCAGUGGACUAGGGUAGGGAUGAAGUGGGGGGAGGUGCGGGGGGCAAGGGAUUGUGAGAAGAUGAGGGAAGGGGAUACAAAGUGAUUAAAUUGUAAUAAAUAAUAAAAGUGAAAAAUAAUAACACAAAAAUGUGUAAUUUAUUUGUCCAGUCUUCACAUAAACAUUCUUGCUGUAAGUUUUUUCCUAUAAAUAUAAUAAAUAGUAAUGGCAAAACAGUGCUA